CAAUCCGAAUCCGUCCAUCCGGGGACAGAUACCCCGUUCAGUACCCGAAUUCGUAAGCCGAUGUACGAGAAACACUCGACUAGAGAGAGAGAGAGAGAGUCGUCUACGGGUCUGUUCGUGAGUACAACUCCCUCCACUGAGAGAGAGAGAGGGAGAGAGAGAAUAGGAGUAGGAAAAAAAUGGCGGAAGUAGAGGAGGGUCAGGAGAAAUCCACCGUAAAACGAGAGACGAAGGAGGCGGCCGAGGUAGAAAAACAAGUCGUCGAAGAAGAACAAGGCCAUACGGAGUCCCAGAUACAGCGCGCCAUGCGCUCUCGCGUUCCCCAUUUCAAACAGCUUGCCGAUUCCUUCACUUUUGAAGGUGUUCGGAGGUUGUUAGAGGAGGACUUGGGACUAGAGAAAUAUGCAUUGGAUGUACAUAAGAGAUUUAUUAAGCAAUGUUUGUUAGAGUGCAUGAAUGAUGGUGAUGGUGAUGGUGAGAAUGGCUCUAAGAGUUCAGCUGAGACGGUGGAGAAAAAUGUUGAUACAGGUAAAGGUGAAGUGGCAGAGUCACUUGAAAAAGAGCAAUUAAAGGAAGAUGUGAAGGUACCCAGCUCUGAAGAUGAAGAAAAAAUGGAAGACUCACCGGUAAUGGGCCUUCUAACAGGAAAUAAGAAAACCAAAGUCCAAACCAAGGAAACUCAAGGUGUUGAAAAGAAAGAAGUUCCUACUGAGAGCUCCAUAAAAGAGGCCAUUAAGAAAAGAGCUUCUUACCUCAAAGCUAAUUCUGAUACUGUUACAAUGGCUGGAUUUCGGCGACUUUUGGAGGAAGAUCUUGAGCUUGACAAGGGCACUCUUUUUCCCUUCAAGAAGUUUAUAACUGAACAAGUAGAAAAGGUAUUAAAAUCCGCAAAAGUUUCUGAACCUGCAAGUGUGAAGAAGAAAACUUCUGCUAAAAAAUCUGAUAGCAAAGCAUCAAAGAAAAUCUACAGUGAAGGAAGUUCUGAUUCUUUAAAAAGCGAAAGUGAGGAGAUAGAAGAUGAAAGAAAAUUGAAAAAGAAAGUUGCUCCGAAAAAAAAGAUUCCAAAAUCAGAAGAGCCCAGGAAGCGUAAAAGACCUGUGAAGGAGACCAAGGAGUCUAGCAAGAAGCGGAGCAAGCUUGCAGAAGCAUCAGAGGAAAAUAGUGACGCAGAAGCAGGUAGAAAUGCUUCUGAAGAUGAUCAAUCUCAAUCCUCUGCUGAAAAGCCUGCGAAGACAAAAGAGGUGGCAACUCCUGCAUAUGGGAAACGCGUGGAACAUCUAAAAUCGAUUAUCAAAUCUUGUGGGAUGAGUGUUCCUCCAGUAGUUUAUAAGAAAGUCAAGCAGGUUUCUGAGAAUAAGCGGGAGGGCUUCCUUGUAAAAGAGCUCGAGGAUAUUCUCUCAAGAGAGGGGUUGUCCACAGAUCCUUCUGAGAAAGAAAUCAAAGAAGUCAGAAAGAGGAAGGACAGAGCAAAAGAACUUGAAGGCAUCGACAUGAGCAACAUUGUCUCAAGCACACGCAGAAGGUCCACAACUAGUUUUUUACCUCCUCCAAAACCCAAAGUAACUGUUAAAAGUGAUAGUGAGAAGGCGGAAGAUAUUGAUAGUAGCAAUGACGAGGAUGGCACUGACAAUGACAGCGAUGAUGAAGAUGGUGAUGACAGCCAGAGUGAAGAGCUUAAUGAAGGUAAAAGUUUUUCUUUCAGGUUUCCUUUGUCUUAGUCAACGAGCUUCUAUAUACUCACACCCAUAAGGGUUUUUCGACCAUUGUGAUUAACAAUGCUUGAGCCAUGUGGAGUUUACUCCCAAUGGACUAUGGAAUUGAUUUUGAACAAUAUGAUAGCCAUAUCCAAAAAUUGAUUGUAAGAAAGUCUAACCCUUUGUUGCAACUAUUGCUGUUCCUAUGCCCUCAAUUCUCUGGUACAUUUGGUUGUUCCUACUUGAAUAUUUCAUCUUUUCUGGUUACUACUCAGGUGGCUACCAUUUUAGGUUUGUUACCGAUGAUUGACUAUUCCCCUAUCUAUUUUGCAGAUGAAGAUGAGAAUAGUGAUUAAAUCCUGCAGAAGCUGAUUUAAGGUGACAGUGAUAAAAGCUUCCAUUACAGUACAAUUAUGUAAUUUGUGCUUCUGAGUUCUUCACCCCCCACCCCCCCUCUUUAUUUUAGUUGGUUUUGCAGUUGGGACUCGGCAAUGCAAGCUAUGAUUGAAGCUUGAACAAAUUAGUCAGUAAUUAGCUGGAGUGUGUAGGCAUAGGCUAUGUUUUGCUAUGAAGUGUUCGAUAGAGUGGGGAUGCUUUAGUUUCUUAUUUUUCUUGAAUGGUUCGUGGUAUUAUGCAUAAUAAUGGGAAUUUACUUUUAGCUCUCAAUAUGUAUCAAUGUUUUUGGAUUA